AUGGUCCGCCACAAAAAAGACAACUUCUCCCGAGGAGGCAAGAAACCCAACCCCCGCCCCCGUGCUCGUCCUGUACCCCGCGACGAUAACGAGUCCUCGACUUCCUCCAGACCCCCGUUCAAGGCCGCUUGCUGGGACUUGGGCCAUUGCGAUCCGAGACGAUGCUCAGGGAAGAGAUUGAUGCAGUUUGGGUUGAUGCGCGAGCUUUCGAUUGGACAGAAGCACCCGGGUGUGAUUGUCUCACCAAAUGCGAAAAAAAUAAUAUCUCCCGCAGAUCGUGAACUUCUCGAAACACACGGUGCAGCAGUAGUAGAAUGCUCCUGGGUCCGAGUCCAAGAAGUCCCCUGGUCGCGCAUCGGCGGCAAAUGCGAAAGACUCCUCCCCUACCUCAUCGCCGCAAACACAGUCAACUACGGCAAACCUUGGCGCCUGAACUGCGUCGAAGCGCUCGCCGCCUGCUUCUGUAUCUGCGGCCACGAAGACUGGGCUAAGGACGUGCUCAAACCAUUCCGUUAUGGCGACGCAUUUCUCGAGAUUAAUUCGAAGCUGCUGAAGAGAUACGCUGCGUGCGCGACGGAGGAAGAGGUUAAAAAGACGGAGGAGGAAUGGCUGGCGAAGAUUGAAGCGGAGUAUGCGGCGAAUCGGGAUGUGGGUGCGGAUGAUAUGUGGACUGUUGGGAAUACGAAUCGGCAGGUUGGUGAUUCGGAUUCGGACGAGGGCUCAGGUGAAGAGGACGAGGAGGGCAAUAAGAAGAAGAAAGACGAGAACGGAUCAGACGACGAAGAGGAAGGGCAGGAAGAUAAAGACCCCUUCGCCAUCUCCGACGACUCCGAAGACGAAGCCCAGAUGGCCGAAAUCCGCCAGAAAAUCCUCAACUCCAAGUCCUUCCAGAAUCCUUCUGUCGACGACGAUAACAGCCCUACAAAACAACCUGAGAAAGUCUCCCGUCCAGAUGAUCAACCCGUCCUGCGCGAAGACUCAGAUGCCGAAUCAGGCUCGGCAGGGAGUGAAGAUGACGAGGAUGAGGCGUUUGAUAAUAUCAUCAAUGCGACGCCUGUUACGGAUCGGACGGGGAUUAUUGCUUCGUCGAGAAAAAAGGGGAAGGAGACGAUUAGUGCAUCGUUUUCAAGGACGGUAGUUGAUGCGCCAAAGCGAUGGUGA